AUGGCCGAAAACCAACCCGCACCCCGGGAAGCCGACACCAAGUCUUGUGCUGUCCCGGAGAUCGAGAUCAUGCCCCCCCCGCGAGCCAGCAUCUCGAAGCGCGAGCCACGAGACACUGGCUUCCCCGAGCCCUUUCACAGCGGCCCAAACACCACCUUGCCUCACCCCGAAGCAGAUCUGUCGCCCAAUGCCAUGCUCUCGUACGAAGACGUGUCGGUGGACAAAAUGGUCAAGAGGCACCGGCUCUCCUUCUUGAAAAAGAACAAGCGGACUGUGACCCACGGCAAGAUAGAGCCGCAGCCAGAAACCCUCCAUGGCGCCGGCUCGCUGUCCGCGUUUGAACUGGAUGGAGUCGACGCAAGCCCGCAUCGUCUCAGAGACAUAUCGACGAGCAGUCUGCGACUCUGCAAGGAUGAGGGCGAGAGCAUCCACUCGGGCUCCAAAAGGGACGACGAAGAAACUCCGCCCACGUCUCCCGAUGACUCUGAGCAUCGCCAAGCAUCCAGAGUGUUGAGCCGAUGGAGGCGCAACUAA